CGUCCAUAUAAUUUGGUUGGAAAUCAGGUUAGAAGUUAGAAAAUAAAGCUUCUUCUUCUUCUACCACUACUUAAUCUCUCACACUAGUCAUCAAUAUCAUAUCUAUAUACAACACCAAUAUUCUCCCUAGAUUUCCUCAAUCUCUCUUUCUUUCUCCCAUCAUAACAUUUUUGCCGUCUUUGCGAUGUCAGUAAUGGAGUUAUCAUCAGCAGCAGCAAUAAUACUUCAGGAAGAAGAAGAGGAGAAUGAUUAUGUUGGGUUCGAGGAAGGAAGGGUAUGGCUUCCUACCCAUGUUCUCGACGAAGUUUGGGAAUUCAAGGAAUCUUUGAAGCCUCGUCAAAAACAUCGUCAUGAUAAUAGUAAUCAUCAACAACGCCAUCAGCAGCAUCAAAAUCAUACAGGACCUAAAAUGUCAUCCAGGGCAGACACCGGAACAUUUCCUAUGUACGAUCAAUUCGACGCGCAUUUGAAACCUCGCACAAGUACAAUAUUCUACCAGAGGCCUAUAAUUGUUCCAGGAGGAACGCGGGUAUCACCACCAGCAACAACUACUGGAAUGCGAGCAGUAUUUCUAGAUUCUGGAGAAAAGAAAUGUGGAACCGGAUUUUUUCUACCUCGUAGAGCAGGCCAAAAUUUUCAACCAAACAAGAAACCUGCAUGUUCUCCAGUUCUCCUUCCUGCUAAGGUCGUUCAAGCUUUAAAUCUCAAUGUGCAUGAACUGGGCUCUCAGUUUGCACCUCGACGAGAUCAAAGCAGCAACCUUCCAAGCCAAGGAAAAAUUGCUAAUCUAGAUUCUAAGACAAACAAUAAGAAUAACAGCAUCAAUUAUGAUGUUCAUGCAACACGUUGUGUAGCAGCUGCAAAGGGAGGACAUAAUAAUUCUUCAGCUGAUAUCUUUCUUCCAAAGGAAUGGAGUUAUUAAUCUGAAAUGUUAAUUGAGCUAGCUUAAUUAAAAUAAAUCAGUAAUCAAUAAUGUUUAUUUCAUCAUUUUUUUGAGUUUAAAAUUAUAUGUUUGUAGUACAAUGAUUCUUAAUCAAGCUAUAAUAAAUAUCUA